AGUCUCCCGUUUCGCCAAUUCUACACAAGCAAAAAGCCGGUACUGCUUCCAAGCGAUUGCGCAAAGCGACACAGCAGCCUAGUCGACAUAACAUCCAUUCAAUCUUCCUCUUACUUGACGCAAACAAAAUGUGUUUCUCAGUGGAACCAAAGGCAAAAUACUACUAUCAGGAGGAGAUCAUUCCCGCCCGGCCGCACCGUGAGUCGUACCGCGACUCAUACCGCGAUUCAUACCGCGAUUCGGGCGUCGACUAUUACCAUCAUCACCAUCGCCAUUCUUCUUCUCAUCACUCGCCGCGAACGAGCCGCACGGCCGUUGACCGGUACAGCAGCAGCCCCCGGGUCAGCACAUACAGCCCUCGCAUCAGCUCCAGCAGCGUCAGGCGCAGCGUUGUUCCGGCGAGAGUCGUCUACAAGGAGACGACGCAGAGCCGCUACGUGUAAAUCUAUAUUCAUUCCGACUGCUUGUUGAAAAAUAGAGGGGGAAGAAAAAAAAUACGGCAUCCGUGCAGAGUUUAAAUCGGUGUUAUCAAGGUUUAGCGACCUUCGGCUGAGGAUGGGAUAUUAUGGUACGAUACGAGGUAUUGGGAACUACUAAGGGUAGCGAGCGGCUAAUGACGGGAACGAGGCAAGCCACGACUUCAUGAGGCUCUGAAUGCGAUGACGGCGUUGGGAACAUCAAUCUACUUAUUUGUUUUUUAUCUAUAUUUUUUAUGAGACGUCAUGUAUGUUUGCUUAGUCUAGAUGGUCUAGAUCGCCCUUUGAGGUGCCAACCCUUUAA